UGGGAGAAACACACCAUAUUGCAUUAUGGGAUAUAAAAUGUCCCCCAACGGGACAAGUUAGCGUAUUCGAUAUUUGGGAUUAUUUCAUACUAUUACUUCGUUUGUAAUAUUAUUUACAGACGAAUGUUAACAGGGUUGAGUGGCAUUCACUCGCAGCUAUGUCAACAAAGAUGGAGUCGAAAGUAAGAAGUGAGUCGAGCUCAAGAACGAAAGAAAGAAGGAGAUCCAGAAGCACAGGCACAGAGAAAAAGAAGCGGAAACGAAGCCGCAGCCGGUCCUCCUCUUCAUCCUCCAGCUCGUCAUCGUCGUCGUCGUCGUCUUCGUCGUCCUCUUCUUCCUCCGGCUCGUCCAGCCGCAGCCGCAGUAGCUCCAGCAGCAGCAGCAGCGGUGAGUAUUCCCGAAGUAAAUCCAGAAAGCAGUUAAAGAAAACGAAAAAGGACAAAAGAAAAAAGGAGAAAAGGAAGAAGGAGAGAAAACGUAAGCGGGAAAAAAAGGAGAAGAAAGAAAAAGAGGACAACUCUGGCCCUGUCAAGAUUUCCAGGUUCUUGAAGGAGCGAAAGAAUGGCAAGUACAGCAUGAUCUCGGGAAAGAAGAUCAAGAUGAAAGUUAAGAAGUCGAAGAAAGACAAACAGGAGGCGAAGAAUCGGGCGGAGCUCCUUGAUUUCCUCAACUCGACACUGUGACCGUGUAAACAUUCACCCCCCCCCCCCUCUACCGAGCUCAGGAGAAUGAGCUCGCCCACGACUCUCGGACAAUUAGUACAAAGGUGUUGUCACGGCAGCCGACAAAGCUGCGCCCAGGCAGCCCCAGCGCACCAUGCCCCCGCCCGUCACUGUGGCUGGAGGUAUUUCUCAGUGCCAGCAGAGGACCUGCUACCUAAUGCACGGUUUGACUGGAGCCCGCUCUCACUACCGGUGACGUGGUAGGUUUUCUAUUGGUAAUAAACGGGACGUCAUUUUACUCCCUGACUAAAAGAGUGCUGUCUGAACGCAUGAUUACUCCUGUGGUUGCUAUUCCCCUACUUUAAAUUUGCUUCUGUACGCACAUGUUUGGUUUAUAUGCGGUUUCGGUUUUAUUAAGUUAAUUGUUCCAAUUUUUUAGCUAAUUGUCUUAAGCUUCCAUCACAAGGCUGAGAAGUCUGCAUCGUUUAGUGAUCACACAGCAUUGUAUGUCACGGUUCAUACCGUUGUUGAGUGUCAGUUACAGACAGACGUGUUCCCACAGUGGACAUGGUAUCCUCCGUUCAGGUAGGUUUAGGCUGAGCAAUCACAAAGCCAACUCAUCCUCCAACGUUAAACCAACUGUCAUGUUUUAUUUUAGAUGGGUAUAUGUCUGUUGGAUAUUGUGUUGAAAAAUGUGGCUUACCAAGUUUAAGAGACGAGACAUGGUAAUAAACUGCAGAAUGACCCC